UGGCGGGCAGGCGUGUCUCACAACACGACCAUCCAUGUGGGCGACAAAGUCACCUGGGUGUGGGAUGACGACCUCCCACACUCCAUCAGAGUGGCGGGGAUGGGCGAAGUGGCCGACCCACUAUUUCUGGGCUUCGGGGGGAACCGCCUGGCCGUGUCACGGCAGAUGGUGUGCACUCCCAUGAACGUGGGCACUGGUGACAUGAGUGAUGACCCCGUGCCGUGCGUGCUACGUGAGUGCCCUCCUCAUGCCAUGGUCAGAAUGGACGACGAGCCCUCGGGUUCCUUUGCGUACAGCAAGGUGUUUGGAGAGCCCAUCACCAUCCACUACGCGGACGGUUCGCUGGCAGGCACGGCUGGGGACGCCGUGUCUUCCUCUGCCUCUCCCUCCUCCUCCCCCACCCCCACCUCCAUGUCCGCCAGCAUUCUCACAGUGCUACCUGCAAGGGCUGGGGUGGAUGCUACUGGUUUUGCCACUAACACCACAGUCGUUACCAACACCACAAACCCCACCGCUGCCAACAGCACGACUGCUGGCCCCACCAACACCACGGCAACCUACCAGUGUGCACCAGGGUGCCGGCUGCAGCGGGUGGCGAACGGGGUGUGCGAUGCGGCGUGCAAUACGCCCGCAUGCGCCUUUGACGGCAACGACUGCGCGUGUGUCGAUCCGCUCUUCGGCCCCGGCAUCUGCGCCUGCCCGCCCGGCCACACCCGCCGCGACGACGGCUCGUGCUGUCUGUCGACAGCGGUGGGAGCCAAUCUCAACUUCCCCUUCUCACUCAAGGAGCACCACUUUGUGCGCUACGGUCCCAACUACACAGAGAGCAACUACGUGUUUGCUGCUGAGAGGGGCUUUGCGGCCACACGCUACGUGUCUCGCCGCAACCGUCUGUUGAUCGGCAUGGUGCUGCAGCAGGAUCGGUGGGGCACACAACAGUGCAGCGGAGCGGGCCUGCUGCACCUAGGGGGGUGGUGCAGCAACGGCACAUCCACGGAGCCGUUUGGAGUGAACUCGCACUUCCUGCCCACGUCGGCCAUCUACGACAGUGCUGCCAGCGCCAACAUGAGCCAGCUCGACAACAACACCUUCGGCUUCAAACUGCAGUUCAACCCGCAGGGCCUCCCCUACGGCUUCAUCUACCCCUUGUGUACACCACACGCUUAUCAAGGCGGGCCUCUCAAUGCACGCCUAUCACUCGCCCCCUUGACCCCCCUCCGGUUGGCAGGCGAGACGCUCACGUUCGUGCUGACAACUGUGAGGUGCACGGUGAAUGGGGGGGGCAGCAUGGACGUGAGCUUCAAGUCGCAGCCGGCAGCCAUGGCGAUGUAUGAUGCAUCGGCGGACAACAUCGCACGGCUGGUGCUGGAGAUAGUUUACUUGGUGGGGCUGCUCUGGAAUGUGUGUGGCGAGCUGCAGGAGAUGGCCGACCGCGCUGCCACCCAUGGCUCUGUGCUCAGGUAUUUCGAGCAAGCUUGGAACUGGGUCGACAUACUCUCUCUCUCGCUGCAAGCUAUCGCCGUUGUCCUCUGGGUCGUGCUGUGGCGGUACGUGAGCACGUUUGACAUGCAGCCACGCUACAACAUCUACUACUCGUUGUUUGAGAUGCCACGCUACUGGGCCGUGCCCAACCCGCCCACAGGCUUCAUCAGCGCCACUCAGGCCUUCGCUGAUCUGCACAACAUCAUCAACCUCCGCGCCGUCUACUUCGCCCUCCAAGGCAUCAAUGUCUUCUUCAUGAUGAUCCGCCUACUCAAGGUGAUGGACUUCCAGCCAUACUUGGGCGUCAUCACGCGCUCCCUCGGCCUCGCCACGCCCUCGCUGCUGCACUUCUUCCUGCUCUCCUUUACGGUCUUCUUCUGCUUCAGCAUGUACGCCUACCUCGUCUUUGGAGGCGCAAUGGAGCUGUUCUCCACAGUACUCAACUCCAUGUUCUCGUUGUUCCUACUUCUCAUCAACGACAACGGCUCCGCCUACUUCUUGCAGCGCCUUGAGUCGUGGGACCUCAUAGCUGCGAUGCUCUUCUUCUUCAUGUUCAUCGUCUUCAUGGUCUUCAUCCUCCUCAACUUCCUCAUCGCUAUCAUCGUCGAUGCCUUCAUGAGCGUCAAGGAUAGCAACCUUGUCGCCACCUCCAUAGCCGCUGACCUCGCUCACGUAUUUAAGUACAAGUGGAACUGCUGGCGCGGCCGCUACUUGCCGUACCGCGUCAUUCUCGACCGCCUUGUGGACCUGGGGGCUAAAUACACGCGCAUAAAAGACGAGAACCCUCGGAAGCGCCGCUUCAAUUCGAUCCAACGGCGGGUCGGCGCCAUGCUCUCAGGCUCGCGAGGCAGCGCUGACAAGGCGACGCCCUUUCCGCGGUCUGACAACCAACCCGCCUUCCUCUCCGCGGCCAGCGAGUCGUGGGUGCGGAAGCAGCACGUGCUGACAGUGAGGGAGAAGCGCAUCGACACCAUCUCGCUUGCCAUGAUCCUGCAGCGCCGCCACGACCAGGCGGUAAAAAAAGCCCCUGCCACAUCAUCCAGUGCGGUGUGUUUCUCGUCGUCCACGUGUGAGAAUGGAGCCAUGUGGGGGGGCGAUGCAUGGAAUGCGGACGAGGAGCAGCUGGAGCAGCUGUCGCAGGCGGUGGUGCUGCAGUGCGGUGAGGUGGUGAAGCCCAUUCAAGAAGCCCAUUCAGAAACUCAGCCUCACGCACGUGCAGGUGCAUGGAGUGGGUGGGGGAAGGGUGGCAGAGAGCAGGAGGAGGUGUUGCGGUGCCAGGCAGGGGUGGAGGAGCUGAGGGGCAUGAUGGCGGACAUGCAGAGCGACAUGCGUGCCAUGAUGGCGCUGCUCGACUGCGCCUUACCCGCCUUACGCGCCCAGGGCCCUCCUGUUCCCCGCUCGGCAUCACCCCUGCCGGGGCAGCAACCGCUGAUGCAGCCGUGUCUGAAAGUUUCGCAAGUGGAAGAGGAGGGUGCGCGGCUAGGGGAGGAGGCGGGUGGGAUGGGCAUGGCGAAUGGAGAAGCAGUGGAGGGGAGUGGGAGAGGUGGGUGUAGCAUGGCGAAAGGAGCAAGUGGGAAUGGGAGAGUGGCAGGGAGCAGCAGAUCCCCAUCGUCGAAACGGGGGCCAGGGAGACGGGUGGUGUUCCAAGAUGAUGCGGUGGAGGGCGGUGAGGGUGGUGCGAGCGCGCAGGAUUCAUGGCAACAGCCGCUGAUUGGAAACCAAAGAGCCCCUUGA